UGCAGUUAGUUGUGGCUUACAUGAGAAGUGGAUCAACUCUAACUGCAAACCUCGUACGACAUACCCCGGGGGACUUCUACAUGUUUGAACCGUUAUUCGGCAUUGAAUACGCUUUACAAAGAAAAAAAACACGUAUACAGUUUUUGAAUGGAACUGAAAGGAACUUAACAAAAAAUGACUAUGAGACUUUAUUUCCUGAAAUGAUUUAUCACUGGUUGACUUGCAAUUUUGACUACCUCGACCUGUAUGGAUUAACAAGUCAUUUCAUACAACAAUAUACGCCAGAGCACAGGCACUACAUGGAAUGUAUUCGAAAACCAUGCAAUAAAGAUGAAAGUGAUCUAGAAGUUGUGAAACGCUGUAUUCUACGGUUACAUACGAAGUGCAAAAAGGCAAGGACAAGGACCAUAAAAACCAUUCGAUUAACGAUUAAUAUGGUAGGAAAACUCUUGAAAUGGUUACCAAGGCUGAAAAUAAUUCAUUUAGUACGGGACCCGCGUGGUAUAUUAAACUCAAGGUUUGAACAAAAUCUAAACAAAGGAAAUCAAUUAUCGAUUAAUGCACAGGAACUGUGUGAUAGACUUUCGACAGACAUAUCAACUUUUCGUGAUUUAGAAUUCUGUCAUAGGAGUAGAAUGCUGCGCGUAGUUUACGAAGAAUUGUGCCAGUACCCACGGGCCGUCAUUGAACAUAGCUUUACUUUUCUGAAUUCUAAUGUUACGACUGAAGUUCUGGAUUACGCAAAGAGAAUUAUGACAGGGCCGGUUAGAUCUUGUUCGUACUGUGUAGGUCGUGGAAACGCACUAAAAAACGCAUAUAGGUGGUUAUCAGUCAUUGAUGGGGAUUCAUUACACACAAUUGACCGUCAUUGUUCAACUGUCUACUCAAAACUCGGCUACAUACCAUUAGAUUAUGACAAAUUGAAGCAUACUCUGCGGUCCUGGCAGCCAAUGCAUAUUUGAAGGAAUCGAACAUACAGCUUUGCUAGCAUAGAUGUAGUUUAGAUCUCGAGGAUGUUUUGGUAAUCAUGCGCAAAGACACAGUACUUGUAUCAUAGAGUUGCACGAUGUAGCCUUUUUCACAUUAUGUUAGUUUAGAUUAGUUUCGUAUUUGGGAUACAUACCACAUAUCAUUAUUAGUUUGAUUUCAG